AAAAGAUCCAAGAAAUACCGGAAAGGAAGGAAAGAAUCUUACAGAAUCAGACAUUUACUUUAUUCUCACCGUUCCUGCAAUAUGGGAUGAUAGCGCACGACUUUUUAUGAGAAAAGCCGCUGUGCGUCCAAGCUGGGACUAGCUUUGGAAUCUGAGGCGGCAUCCAUCUGGUGUCAGAACAUUCCUCUUGUAGUCAGCAAAGGACAGAAUAACGACCUGUCAACUAUUGGAGCGAAAUAUAUGGUCGUAGACAUAGGAGGUGGGACCGCCGGCAUCACUGUCCAUGAAAAACAGUCUGAUGGAAAUCUUCGUGAAUUGUGCUGGGCAAGUGGGGGAGACUGGGGAGGCACCAAGGUUGAUGAAGAAUUCCUUCGUAUGUUGGAAGGUCUAAUGGGGAAAGCAGCUGUAGAACGUUUCAAGAGAGAAUGUAUGGCAGAUUUGUUCGACCUUUUACGUCAGUUUGAAACGGUUAAAAGAACGACAGAUCCAAAGUUAGACGGAAAACUGAAAAUUCGCCUGCCGGAAUCGUUACGUGACAUUUCCCGAAAUGCAAAUAGGUCUGCCUUUAUGAAUACCUUACUGAAAAGUAUCCAAGCUUUGCAAAACGAAGGUCUGUCUGUUGAAAAAGAUAAACUAAGAAUUGAUGCAAACAAAGCAAGGGAAAUGUUUGCCUACUCCGUUGAUGGUAUGUGCAUGAAAAUGCGCAAAAUUUUGAGCAACCCAAAAGCAGCGGGCGUGAGACACAUACUUGUCGUAGGCGGGUUUUCAGAUUCACCUGUUGUACGCGAGGCAUUGAAAAAGAACUUCAGAGACGUUUCCCUAAUCUUUCCGCCUGAGCCAAGUCUUGCUGUACUGAAAGGCGCAGUUUUAUACGGACAUAAACCACAAAUCAUUGCCAGCAGAAUAGCUAAAUUUACAUAUGGGUUGAAGCACGAAGAAGAUUUUGACGAAAGUAAACACAAAAAGAAGUACCGGAGGAGCAUCAACGGGAAACCUAUGUGCGAAAAGCUUUUCCAAAUCCUUGUCAAAAAGGGUGAUACAGUACUAAACAAACAGAAAGUAGCCAUACAGAACCAGCCAAUGCCGGAUGACCAUAAUGUCUUGACAUAUAAAUUGUACCUUUGCACCAAACGGAAUCCAAUGUAUGUUGACGAGCCAGAAUGCAAAAAACAUGGCGCAGUGAGGACCCAGCUGAUUCCCGGUGACAUGGAGGUUGAGGCUGUGCUUAUAGUCAAAGAUACCGACAUGAUUAUCGAGCUGAAACACGUCAAAUCGAGAAAGUCUCAAACAGAACGCUUUGACUUCAUGUAAUGUUUUGAAGUUUAUAAUCGUACCAAAACUGGUGAAGAAGACAAGAUGUCUCCUUUUGAACACAAUUAAGCAUCUUGAUGUAGUUGAUAUAGUUUUCAUAACACGAAUAACUUAUACGGCAACAUUAGAAUUGUAUUACUCAUUAUAGAAGAAUAUGAAGAAUAUACAAGAUAAACAUAAUACAUCACUGAACAGGAAAACUAAUGCCAGACCACAGGAAACAGUUAAUGUUGUAACGACUCAGAAUAGGUUGUUGUCUUGUGUAAUACUGUAAUGAUAUAUAUUAGGAACUGAUUAAAAAAUCAGCUUUAUACCUUUUGUCAUAGGUUUUGAAGAAGUAAUCCGCAGACACAAUUAUUGUUUGAUGUUUACCGUAACACUGCACUAUUUUCGCUCUGAAACUAGCUGAUACUUCUUGAUCGGAUGCGUCAUAGCUCAUAUUGCAGCCAGUUCAACAAAAUUUGUUUCGAAUAUAAAUAACGUGGACAGAAAAUGGCAGCUUGAUACCAGAGACUUUCCUGUAGCAGUCACAAAAGAGAUACAGUUCUUGAAAAGUGCGUUUUACCUUAAUUUCCGUAAUAACACCUACUUAUACAUCUGCUAAUGUACUCAAAAUACAAUAUCAAAGGCAUUGUUAAACCGGACAGUUAAGACUAUAUACAUGUAUCUUGAAUUUAAGAAUUAUUGUCAGAUUUAAAUGAUUAUAAUCAGUCUGUAUUUAAGUGAAAGUGAUAUAUAAAGUGUCUAUAACAAAUGAUGGCAUGUAACCAUAUUUCCAGCAUGGCCUUCGUGUUACAAUAUCAAAAAAAAAUAAGGAAUGAUGUACCGGUCACUUGCUCAGUUACAUGUUUUACGAACUAUAUAAUAUCAUUCAUUCGACUGACGCUCAUUAACCUGAAACGACUAAUUGCAAGAGCUGUCCGUAAGACAUCGCGGUCCACUAUUCGGAGAUUUGACAGUAAAAUGAAUAUAUGUCUGAAUAAGAGACCUCUACUAUAAAAGGAAGAUACACCAAGGGACAUAAUUCCAUCAAAUACACAAAUUAGAGUUAUUAGGAUUAUUACAACAAAUGCAGAUGAUGAUGGUAAAGAUAUAUUUUGAGUUUCGAGUCAUUAUCUUAUAAAGUACCAAAAGUAUGUCCAGAAAACAGUUUAAGUAUACAAGGGGCAUAAUUUGGUCAAAAAUACAAAUCAGAGUUAUGGGGAUUGUUACCACACAUACAGUUGAUGGCAAGUCUCUGUCUUAUAUUGCAUUAAAGUAAUAUCCAGAAAGCGAAGAUUGCAAAAAGAUGUUUAAGUACAUAAGGGACAUAAUUCUGUCAAAAAUACAAUUAGAGUUAUGGGGUAUGUAACCACACAUGCAGAUGAUGAUUAUAAACAAAUAUUUUUAAUUUCAAGUCAUUAUCUUUUAAAGUACCAAAGAUAGGUCUCUUAAUAAAGCUUUCGAAAAAAAUUAACAUGAAAAUAAUUCCAAGUAUAACUCCUUUGUGACUUUGACCUUGGGUAUAAUGGACCCAGCCCCUGCAUAUACUAUGUUUGUAUACUGGACAAAUGUUUACGAGAACUUACGGUAAGAUAUAAGCAAAAGUAACAAAGUUAUGACAGAAAAACAAAGGUUGCCGAAAAACUUUAACCUUAGAAAUAACCUAAGUAUAACACCUUGGUGAUCUUGACCUUGGGUAUAAUGGACUAAGCCCCUACACAUACAUUGUUUGUAUACUGAACAAUGUUUAUGUGAAGUUACAUUAAGAUAUAAGCAAUAUUGUCAAAGAUAUGACAGAAAAACAAAGGUUGCCGAAAAACUUUAACCUUAAAAAUAACUUAAGUAUAACAGCUUGGUGACCUUGACCUUGGGUAUAAUGGACUAAGCCCCUACACAUACAUUGUUUGUAUACUGGACAAUGUUUAUGUGAAGUUACAGUAAGAUAUAAGCAAUAGUAGUAAAGAUAUGACAGAAAAACAAAGGUUGCCGAAAAACUUUAACCAAGAAGGGUCACGCCGACGCAGACGCCGACGCCGGGGCGAGUAGUAUAGUCCCCCUAUUCUCCGAAUAGUGGAGCUAAAAAAAAUAAGUGAAGAAAAAAACCUGAUUGCACCAACCCAUAAUAUGUAGGCAUUACGUUGAAAUAUUUUUUUGAGAAAAAAAAAUUGUUGUAAUUGUAAGGAAGUUGAUUCAUGUUUACUUCAUAUAAAUGGAAUAGAAAUUUUGAUGUUCAGUUUUUCCUUAGCUCACACCGAUUCGGUUAGACUUUAUAUGUUGUCUGUACCCUUCGAAACUCUCUAAUGGCUUCAAACUUCAGAAUUAUUUUUUUCUCUGUAUUUUACGUGUAUUCUUAA